AUCAGUUUUAUCUAUGUGUUAUUGAAUAAAGGUGUAUAAUAUAUUUUCAUGCAACAGAAGGCACAUCAGUCAUUGAAAAUUACAAACGAUCGGCAAAUGAUAUCUCCAAAUGAUUCUGAAACCGCGCGAGAAAGUUUAUUUUCUCUCGCUAUGUUUCAAUCUAGCCCAUAUCCUCGCGAAGCGGCAUCCUUCGUAGAUUCAAUCGCGAUAAUCUUUACCUCCGGCGCGAGGAUCGAGGCUCGCGCGAGUCGUCCUCGUGCUGGUCGCGCGUCGUGGCGUGUGCUCUCCUCUUCUCGCCUCUCGCCCGUGUUUCUCGGCGCGGUUUGGCGCGUCGUGUCGUGCCAAGGCACCGCGUGCAGGUGUGUUCUCGGUGAGCAAAGUGUCCCCUCCCGUGCGCGCGCGCGAGCGCGAGCGAGCGAGCGAGCGUACGUUCGCGCUCUUCGCUCGCAAGGAGGGCCCCCUCCUCCCUUCCUCGGCCCGGCAGGCGUUAAGCGGCACAGAACCUGUGCAGGCCCCAACAGGCCCCCCGAUCUGUGGGAACGCUCCGGCCCGCGAGCUUCCCACGAUACGCCACGGCUGCUGCUGGCUGGCCGUGCACGCGGGCUGCAGGGUUCAGCAUACCGUGCCCCUCGGACCCCUCCGUCACCCAGCUGUGGGGCGCAGGACGACGGCGGCACGGGUGGGGCAUCACGCGGCAUAUAAAUAACGGGUUGUACCCUACCAGCGCUUCAGAACCGUCACGAAUACGUACGGACUCAGACGCACUCUCGGCACUCCGAGAACAGUGAGAACAGUACUAUUCGAAUAGAGAAUAAUAUAUAAACGUCGAACGUUUUCGAUUGUGCUUUCGAUUUCCAACUAUUUCCGAUUGGGAGAUAUACGUUAACAAGAGAGCACCGCGGAUUCCCCCUAAAUCCUUGAUCGGAUCGUCAAUCGGUGAUUCGGUCCGGGGAUCAACGCAGGACAUCCGCAGAAGAAUCCACUCUCCCUGGACUCAGUUAUCCCUUGUUUUGUGUGACCAGUGACAAUAUAAAGUGUGAUCAUGUCACCGCACACGGGUUACACGCCGGUCAGCGGUAUGGAGUACGAGGAACCAGUGUCGCGCACUUAUCAAUACCGCAAGGUGAUGAAGCCGAUGCUGGAACGCAAGCGACGUGCCCGUAUCAAUCGUUGCUUGGACGAGCUGAAGGAUCUGAUGGUGACCGCACUGCAGGCCGAGGGUGAGAACGUGGCGAAGUUGGAAAAGGCAGACAUCCUUGAGUUGACGGUGCGUCAUCUUCACACGUUACGCGCCGCCAGGAGACUCACACUCACGCCGGAGAACAGCUACGCCGACCGAUUCCGCGAUGGCUUUACCCAGUGCGCCCAGGAGGUGUCAACCUUCCUGUCAACGCCGGUCGCUGCAGCGGUGCAUCCCGCCGCGGGUGCCCAACUCAUGCGACACCUCGGUGGCUGCCUUCGACGACUGGAGGGUCCAGCUGGUACCAAGCAUACCCUGCCGGCAACCUCGGCAGCUGCGACGAAGACGACUCAAGCGCCGACGGGCCAGACGAACGUGACCCAGAACGUGUACACUCCUCCGCAGAGCCCUGUCAGUGUCGCGAGCUCCUCCGGUGAGUCUUCGGAGUCUUCCAACGCAGUCUGGAGACCCUGGUGAUGAGGCAAUCAAACGACAACGAAACGAACCAUCCUGAGAUCUCCGGAGCGGACGUUCGAAAUGAUCAAGACGGACAAUCCAAUGACGAAGGAUCCUUCCGCUGAAUGGCAUCGCGAGGAGGAAAACGACGAAUCGCUGUCUUCCAAAAGAAACUUUUGCGAAGCCUCAUUGAGAAUUCUUUGAGAACUUUUACUUCUUUACGCGGUUUACUUGGUCGCAUUGUACAUAGGUGAUUAAAGCUUUAAGUGACGUCUGUGAUAGGGUUCCAAUUUGUACCUGAGAUGACUAUUUUCUUGUAAAACAUAGCGACUAUUAUAUAGAUGUUAACUUGUUAUGUUUAAGAACUUUUUUCGACGUAAAGUCAUCCGGCGUCUCUGUUGAGAUCGUCGGGCAGUAUCAUCAUCAUCAUCAAUAAACAUCUUGUUUCAAUGAUAAA